AUGAAUAAACAAUUAUCACCACCAGUUCAACAACAAUAUUUCAAUAUAGCUAAUCAAUGUACUAAAAAAAUAGCGAUGGUAUGUGCUAGUAAUCAGAAUAGAAGCUUGGAGGCACACUAUCUAUUUGUUAAAACCGGAUUCAAGAAUAUUAGAUCAUUUGGAACAUCAGGACAUUGUAAAUUACCAGGUCCAUCAAUACACCAACCCAAUAUAUUUUCAUUUGGUACACCAUAUUCAGAAAUUUAUACAACUUUAAGAGACCAAGAUCAAGAAUUAUAUAUUAAAAAUGGUUUAUUAAAUAUGCUAGAAAGGAAUAAAAAGGUAAAGUUGGCACCAGAAAAAUGGCAAGAGGAAUUAAACGCUAAAUUUGAUAUAGUUUUUACUUUUGAUCAAAGAGUGUACGAUGCUGUAAUUGACGAUUUGGCUCAAAGAGAUAUCACCACCCUAAUGCAACCGGUACACAUUAUAAAUUUACAAGUUAAAGAUACACACGAAGAAGCUGUAGGUGGUGCCCAACAUGCAUUAGAAAUUACUUCAAUUAUUGAAAACACCGAAGAUUGGGAGGAUAAAUUAAAUGAUAUUUUAGAAAACUUUUAUAAAUCGACUCAAAGACAAAUAUUACAUACUCUUAUGUUUUAUUAA